AUAGAGGAAGAGAGGUCUUCGGAGGUGCAGGAGAGCCACGGCGGGUCAUGGGCGGCGGCAGCGGUGGGGGUCGAAGAAGAGGACUGUGUGUAUGUGGGAGUGGGGAAGAGCGAGACGAGCAUGGAGGCUCUUUCGUGGACCCUCAAGCACCUGAUAACUUCUCCUUCCACCAUGGUCUAUCUCAUCCACGUCUUCCCUGAGAUCAAACACAUUCCUAAUCCAUUGGGAAUGGGUAUGGUUCCAAAGAACCAAGUGAGUGCAGAGCAGAUUGAGAGCUAUGAGGCUCAACAACGUGCCAAGCGACGACUCCUGCUUUCCAAGUUCCUCCAAUUAUGCUCUUCUUCGCAGGUCAAGGUGGACACCAUUUUAAUUGAGAGUGACACGGUGGCCAAGGCAAUCCUGGAGCUCGUCCCCAUUCUUCACAUACAAAAGCUUGUCAUUGGAACCAACAAAUCCAAUCUAAGAAAAUCGAGAUCAAAGAGAGGGAAUAAUGGGAUAGCAGAUCAGAUUCUGCAGAAUGCACCAGAAAGUUGCAGGGUCAGAAUUAUAAGUGAAGGCAAAGAAGUCAACCAACAAAUGUUGACCAUGAUGUCUCCUUCUCCUCAUGCUCCUUCCCCUCGUGCAGCCAUGGCCGAGAGUAAUAAUAGUAAUGAUAAUCACAUUCAGACGUCCAUGCACAUGAAAGAAGAGGAUCGUCACAAUGGUCCAGUUUCUUGCAUUUGUUUUAAACCCAUGUUUAAAUGACGAUAUUAAUUAUUCAUGUAGUUAAGUUAUUCUAGUUUAAGGUUUUUGAGAGUGUGUGUAUAUACAUAUGCUUUUAAGAGAUUUAUCUGGCCUCAAAACACGAGGAUUUAUAUCAUUAUUGAUCAACGUCCGUGUCGGAUACUUGUAAUAGACAUGAUGAAUCACUUUGAUUAAAUUUAUAAGUAAAAUGUUCAUAUUUUGUUGUGUU